UUUCCUUCAAUUUCGCUCUUGUUCGUUUACUCAAUCGACACAUUUUGGUUAUCUAUUCCACCCUCUAAACUUGUUUUCUCAUUUGAAUUGCGAAUCAUUCCCAGAAACUCUACGCACAGCGGACGGCGACAAACUACAACGAUUGAACACGAUAAGGACUUUUGAACGAAAAUACAGUCACAUACACACAGCCAAAGGACUGCUUUAUCUACAAACGAGACGAGCAAAAAACAAUAGUCCACAGCAACAAAACAAAUACAAAAGCGCAUUGACGAUGUUUGGCAGAAUUUUUUCCACAGCAACAUAUCUGGCAUCCAGGGCCAGCAGCGCAAUCGCACCUCGGGUUGGUCAGACCAUCAAUGGUGGCAGUGGAAUUAUGAGCAGACUUGUUGGAGGACCUGGGGCGCAGCAAUCCAUGAUUCCCUCUAUCGGAACAAUGCAGGUGCGCUGGCGGACUUACGGAAAUGAGUACCAGCCCAGUAAUCUCAAGCGUAAGCGCAGACACGGGUUCCUGAGCCGUUUGCGCACAAAGAAUGGACGCAAAGUGCUUCAACGUCGUUUGCUCAAGGGACGCAAAUUUAUUUCUCACUAAAUGUAUUCCAGUGACGUUUUUUCUUUUUAAUUAAAAAAAACUAGAGGGGGGGGGGGGUGUGUGGGCUGUUCGUGGGAAUAAAAAAUAUAAUAAUUUU